CUCAUGACGCCGCCGCCGUUGUGCGAAGUUGCAGCUGCGGGUGAAAUGGCGUCGGGGGCCAUUACAGCGGAGAGCAAGCGGAUCACAGACUUGCGGGUGGUGGACCUAAAAACGGAGCUCAAGCGGAGGAACCUGGACAUCACAGGGGUCAAAAACGUGCUCGUCGCUAGGCUGAAGCAGGCGAUAGAAGAUGAAGGUGGCGAUCCGGAAAACAUCGAAAUCCCUGUUUCAGCUGACACGCCUAGCCGAAAGAAUACAAAAGCCAAAGGAAAGAAAGUGGACUCGGAUCUUGACGCUGCGAUGGAGGAGGAGUCCUUUUCCAAGGAGGCUGAAGAGGAGGAAUCAGAGAAAGAUGUAACUGAUACUGAUGAUGCUACUCGUGAAAAUUCUAAAUCCUUCUCCGGCGGGGAUGGCCUUGCCGACCCUGAGGCACAGCCAGAGCUGGAGGAGGAGCCUGAGAUUGAGGCAGAGGUGGAGCCUGAGCUUGAGGCCGAAGCAGAGGCUGAAGCUGAACCUGAAACCCCAGUGAUGGAGGCCUUGGAGAGCUAUCCUGCUCCCGAUCCGGCCAAAGAAGUUGAGGAUGAUAACAUAUCCGUCACCAUCCAGGCCGAAGAUGCCAUCACCCUGGAUGUGGAUGGCGACGACCUCCUGGAAACAGGUAAACAUGUGAAACUUCCAGAUUCUGAGGCAGAGAAGGGCUGUGAGGAGCCAGAAGCCUCUGCCGAGACGAGGCAGGAGGCAGAUUCGAUGGCCGAAGCGAAGGACAGCCACAAAGAUGGUAAGAGAGAUGACGGGCCGAAGUCUGAUGCCACCAAGAAGGACGGCAGGGAGGCCUCAAAGAAAGCUGAAACGGGAGACAAAGAAAAGGAUUCUGGGAAGAAAGGCCCCUCUUCUGCUGGGGCGGCAGGUCAAGCAAAGAGCUCCUCAAAAGACAGAGAUGGGAAAACCACGAAAGACGAGAAAGGAGGUCUCAGCAGUAGCAGCACCAGCUCUACUCGCAACUUGUGGGUGAGUGGCCUGUCUUCCAACACCAAAGCAGCUGAUCUGAAGAAUCUUUUUGGCAAAUAUGGAAAGGUUUUUAGUGCCAAAGUGGUCACCAAUGCUCGAAGCCCAGGAGCUAAAUGCUAUGGAUUAGUGACCAUGUCCUCUAGCGCAGAGGUGGCAAGAUGCAUCUCCCAUCUGGACCACACAGAACUCCAUGGCCAGCAGAUAUCUGUGGACAGGGUUAAAACUGACCCUUUCAAAAAGGACUUCUCUAAGAAAGAAGCGGAGGACAAAACAGGUUCCAAUAAAACAUCAGGGGAAAAACGCACCCCUACUGGGACAAAGACCACCAGCAAGACUCAGGCCUCUUGUAAAAAGGAAGAAAAGAAGCCGUCUGAGAAGGAGAGCAAAGAGUCUUCCAAGAAGCUGGAGUCCAAAGGCACCAAAUCCGACGGCCCGUCUUCCAGCUCUGGGGUUGAUGCCAAAAAGGAUGAGAAAAAGCACAGCAGGAAGAGUCCUGGGAAGAUGGUAGUGAUUGACCAAGCCAAAGGGGACCAAGGCUUCAAACCUCGGCCACCGUUCAGAAGAGGAGGGAGGUUUGACAAGCCUGGACCUCCCAACAUGAACAGACGGCCCCGUUGGAUUGGUCCUCCUGAAGAGAUGGACACAAUGAAGAAAGGAAGGCCUUUUCUGAAUAAAGGAGGCAAUAAGGACAUUCUUCCAUUUGAGAAGAUGAAGGAGCAAAGGAUGCGUGAGCGCAUGGUCAGAAUGGAGCGAGUCCGUAGGGCCAUGGAACUGCGCAGGCGGCGCGAGAUCGCGGAGCGCGAGCGGCGGGAGCGUGAGCGGAUCCGUGUAAUGCGUGAGCGUGAGGAGAGGGAGAACCUGAUGCGUGAGCGCCAAAGGCUGGAGCUCGAGAGGCAGAAGCUGGAACGUGAGCGCAUGGAGCGAGAGAGGCUGGAAAGAGAGAGAAUCCGCAUAGAGCAGGAGCGGCGUAAGGAAGCAGAGAGGAUGGCUCGGGAGCGUGAGGAGCUGAGGAGGCAGCAGGAACAGCUUCGCUAUGAACAGGAGAAACGCAAUAAUUUGAAGAGAGGCCGUGACGUCGACCACAGGAGGGAUGACCCCUACUGGAACGGCAAUAAGAAGAUCCCGCCGGAGUCGGAGGGCAGGAUCAGCCAGGCCUCUGACUACAAUAACCGCCAGCAGGGCCGUUUCACGGACUUCAGCUCCAGAGACAGAGCACGCUUUCCUGACAGUGCUCCUGUACAGCCUAACAGCUUCGACAGGCGCAAUAGGUUCGAGGGAGAGCCAGAAGCUAAGAAGAACCGCCCUGACCCACGGCGGGAGGGCUCUGGCUUUGACCGCUACCCCAAAAGCUUCGACACUGUCCGCAGGCCUGAGCCGCCACCCCCUCCUGCUCGCGCUGAGCUCCGGGACACCGAUCGACGCGAGAUCCGGGACAGAGACGAGCGCCGACCCGUGGCCAUGCCAGAACGACCAGCAGGGGGCAGGGCUCCGCCACCAGCUAUGACCCACUCCCGCUCAGCCAGAGAUGGUGGGCACACUGGCUGGAAGAGUGACAGUGGCAUGAACACCAAACCUGGUGAUGUCAGGGGGGCAGUGCGGAUGCGUCCUGAGCGUUCAGGUCGAGAGGGGCCUGGCCCUACAAUGAGGGGAGCCCCAUCAGCCAGCCGGGGCAGAGCGACCUUCAGCAGCCGAGACGGAGGAAGGCCUAGUGUCAUGGGAGAGCAGCAUUUCAGCAGUGGCCGGCAGGUGGUAGUGGAGAGACAUGGACGGGACCAGGGCCCGAGGAAGGAGUGGCACGGGGGCGCAGGCUCCCAGAGUGGAGGUUUCCCUGACAGUCGGCGCAUGGGAGACAGCCGACCUGGCAUGAUGGCUCCACACUCCAGCCAUUCCUCUGCUGGCAUGAACAGAAUCGUCCAGAUCACCAACGUCCCCAUGGCAGGUGGCAGUGGAGGAUUCAAACCCUUCAAGGGGAGGUUCUAGCGUCCUCUUGCCCAUGUUCUUCUGCAGAGAUGUUAAAUACAUUUUAUAACUUAAUUUCUUUCCUUUUUUUAAGUUUGGAAUAUUGUUUUUAAGUGGUUGGACUGUGGCCAACAGGUAAUUGUAAAACAUCCUUUUUUUUGUUUGUAUAGAGCCUCGUUAAGCUAAAUGUAGGAUUUGUUCUCCUGUGACCUGCAAAAUGGUGCCAGUGCACAUACUUGUUAGCCUAGCACAUAAUGGACUGGCAGACUGUACAGCUUUUUUUUCCCCCCUUUUCUUAAAAACAACCCUGUGUGUGUGUUUUGAAACUGCCUGUGUCCAGAAAACACUCUACUCUAGCCUAGUGCUUCCCAAUGCUGUUCCUAAAGCCCUCCCUGCUCUAAUCUGUCCCUUUUGAAACGGGUGAAGGGCUUGUUUAAAGACGAGUCAGGCGAGUUAGCAGAAAGUAGAGGAGCAGCACUGGGAACUGUGAACAAUGUGAUCUCCCUCCGUUGACAUUUCAUGAUGCUCUGGGUUUGGCGCUUCUCAUUUAUUGACAUUAAAUUAUACAGGUUGUUUUUCUUGUA